AUGGCACAGCUUUCGACACUACCGAAUGAGAUUAUCCUGGCUAUCAUUUCUUGCUUUCAUGGCCCGACCGAUGUGACAGAACUUCUCAGCCUGUGUUUAACAUCGAGACGGCUACGUUUACUUGCACAGCCAAUCCUCUUUUAUGACUAUUUCAAGUAUGUUCUCGCUGCUGGCAGCGAUACAUAUUUGAAGCGACGGUGCCGAAUCGGUCCCUUGAUCAGCUUCGCAAGAACGCUCGUCUUGCGACCUGAAUUGGGUAAACAAGUACAUCGCGUUUGCAUCAACGUGAAUCGAAUUCUGACAGAUUGCCUGAGUGACUGGCCGGAAACUGAAAGAAAUGAAGCCGUCAGUGUGCUGACAGGCGCUAUCCAGGAGAUGAGACUUCCGCGCAAAGCCGACUAUAUGUCGGGAAUAAUCAAGUCAAGAAUGAAUCCGUUGGUGACGAUCAUCGCUACUUUAGCGCCAAAUCUUGAGGCUUUGGAUAUCGUGGUGGAAAAUGAAGGUCUGAGACUAUUAGAACCUUUGUACCGACCACCCGACGAUGGUAGCCUUCGACCACCGUUUCUGUCCAAGUUGAGAUCUCUACACAUCAGAGAUCUUAAGAAGAUGCAACAUCCAACGAUGAAGGAUGUCAUUUCUCUGAUGUGCUUGCCUAAACUGGAGAAAUUCUCGAUGGCCUUUUGCAACGGUGACGGUCUUGCCUGUCCGGACUUUGAUCUCCCACCAGGUUCACUCGCUUUGUCUGAGUUAGAACUCCAGGAAACAACACUGGAUGCAACACGACUGACAAAGAUCAUACGAGCGUGUAAGAAGCUUGAGGUCUUCACCUAUGAGUCACUGCCUUGGUUAUCCCAGACCGCGGACAGCUGCCAAUUUCCACCCCAAGCGCUGCUCCCAUGCUUGGAGUCUCAAAAGCAUAACCUUAGAUCAGUGCGCAUCAAUUUGGAUGUAGCUGACCCACUAAUAAUCUACGAUUGGCGUCGUUGCCCGCAGUAUGGUUCCUUCGACGCGUUCAGGAAUCUCAAAGAUCUGGACGUGGAGCAAGGCGCAAUGCAAGACUUUCAAAACCUCCCACCCUUCAUCGAGAGACUUACGAUCCUUUGUUGCGAGCAUCCAGUCUAUGAAAUGAUGGCUAGCUUAGCGGACUGUUGCAGAAACAAUUUCCCAUUUCUUCGGCAUGUUCUUCUGAAGCCCAAGUAUCUGCCCGCAUGCGGGAUGCUCGGUAUCCAGGGGGAAUACACUGAGAGUGAUUGGGUGGUGAAUCCUCAGUUCCGAGAGAGUUAUAGGGCUGGUUGCUGCGCUUUGGAGGCUAUUCUUGAGGGGGCUAGGUUUUCUUUCGAGGUUGAUUGCGACGGGUGGGACUUGUAUCAUCGGGGCGACAUAUAA